CCAGUUUUAUUGAACAGCUGAUAGAGUUGCCGUAUUGUUGAACAGUUAUGUUUACAAAUGCAUUAUAUUGGCGCGAAUCAUUUAAGAUCGCCAUGAAGCGUACGAAGGCGCAGAAGGUAGGUCCUUCCAAAAAGGCUGCAAAAAGUGAUGAAGGCAGCUUCAAGCCCAAAAGUGAUCAGGAAAGCAACGAUGAGGAGGCCUCCACAUCGAAGUCUUCGUUGGUUUCUAAGCCGGAAUACCAAAACUUUGAGCAGUUUCUCACCCACUUGGAACACCAGCGAAUCUGCACGGCAGCAAACAUUCAGGAAUUCCCUUUCAGGAAGAAACGAGUGCGCGUUCUGUCCAAAACCGACGAUGUAAAGGAAUCUAGCCUAGGCGGCGUCGUCUACUGGAUGUCUCGCGACGGGCGCGUCCAGGACAACUGGGCCCUGCUUUUUGCUCAGCGUCUGGCUUUCAAGCUGGAAUUACCCUUAUCAGUGGUAUUUUGCCUAGUUCCCAAAUUCCUGAAUGCCACCAUCAGGCACUACAAGUUCAUGAUGGGCGGCCUGCAGGAGGUGGAGCAGCAGUGUCGCGCCCUGGACAUACCCUUCCACCUGCUAAUGGGUCCCGCCGUGGAAAAGUUGCCAGAAUUUGUGAAAUCCAAAGAUAUUGGAGCCGUAAUCUGCGACUUUGCCCCGCUGCGUUUGCCCCGCCAAUGGGUCGAGAAUGUAAGCAAGGCACUACCCAAGAGCGUGCCGAUGGUGCAAGUCGAUGCACAUAAUGUAGUUCCGUUGUGGGUGGCUUCCGACAAACAGGAGUAUGCUGCCCGCACCAUUCGCAACAAAAUCAACUCCAAGCUGGGGGAGUUCCUCAGCGAAUUCCCACCGGUUGUGCGGCAUCCCUUUGGAACGGGCUGCAAGAAUGUAAAUGCCGUGGAUUGGUUAGCUGCCUAUGCUUCACUGCAGUGCGACAUGGAAGUGGAAGAGGUACAGUGGGCGAAACCGGGCUAUAAGGCGGCCUGCCAGCAGCUCUACGAGUUCUGCAGUCGUCGUUUGCGCCAUUUUAAUGACAAACGGAACGAUCCCACGGCAGACGCCUUGUCCGGACUCUCGCCUUGGCUGCACUUUGGUCACAUCUCGGCUCAGCGGUGUGCUCUGGAGGUGCAGCGGUUUCGGGGCCAAUACAAAGCCUCAGCGGAUUCGUUUUGCGAGGAGGCCAUUGUGCGCCGAGAACUGGCUGAUAACUUUUGCUUCUACAAUGAUCAAUAUGAUAGUCUUAAAGGUCUUAGUUCUUGGGCAUAUCAAACCCUAGAUGCACAUCGCAAGGACAAGCGGGAUCCCUGCUACAGAUUAGAGGAACUAGAGAAGUCUCUGACCUAUGACGACCUAUGGAACUCGGCGCAACUGCAGCUGGUGCGCGAGGGAAAAAUGCACGGCUUUUUGCGGAUGUACUGGGCCAAAAAGAUUCUGGAAUGGACUGCAACCCCAGAGGAGGCGUUGGAGUACGCGAUCCUGCUGAACGACAAAUACAGUCUGGAUGGACGCGAUCCCAACGGCUAUGUGGGCUGCAUGUGGUCAAUUGGCGGCGUCCAUGAUAUGGGUUGGAAGGAGCGGGCUAUUUUCGGCAAGGUUCGGUACAUGAACUAUCAGGGAUGCAAACGCAAAUUCGAUGUAAAUGCCUUUGUCAUGCGAUACGGCGGUAAGGUGCACAAGAAGAAAUAAAACGUUUUUGGAAUUUGCCUUUGUUUUGAAUGCAA